AUGGCAGUGGGGGAACUGUUUCUCUCAGCAUUUGUUCAGGUUCUAUUCCAGCAGCUGGCCUCGGCAGCCACCAUGGCCCUGGCCCGCCGUGAAAAAGUCGAGGGCCAUUUCAAGAAGCUAAGCCAGAGCCUAACCAUCAUCCAGGCUGUCCUAGAUGAUGCUGAGGAGAAGCAACUUACCGAGAAAUCCGUGAAAGUGUGGCUGGAGUCCCUGCGCGACUUGGCAUACGAUCUGGAUGACCUUCUGGACGAGAUCAUAACCCGGGCCCUGGUCCAGGACUCGGAGGAACAGGCGCAAAACUGCAACCGAACGAGCAGGGUCUGGAGAUUCAUCCCCACCUGCUCUAGCUACAUGCCAGGCGCCCUUGUCUCCAAUUACCGUCUCAUGUCCAGAAUAAAGGAAACCAAUAGCCAGCUGCAGUAUAUUGUGAAACAAAGACUCGAACUAAAUUUGCAGGAGAAUGUGGGCGGCUUAUGCAGCCGGUCAACCGUGCCUAGGCUGCCGAGCACAUCCCUAGUGAACGAGUCCCACGUGUACGGACGGGAUGAGGAUAAAGAGAAAGUUAUUGAGAUGUUGCUAGGCAACGAGGAUGAUAUUUCAGUGAUCCCGAUAGUCGGGAUGGGCGGAAUUGGCAAAACCACCCUUGCCCAGAUUGUUUACAACGACAGGAGGGUGAAGGACAGUUUCCACGUGCGGGCGUGGAUAUGGGAUUUGCCCGAGCACCACAAUAUCCUCCCCGUCUUGAGGCUCAGUUACCACCACCUCCCGUCUCAUUUGAAGCAUUUGUUCGCCUACUGCUCCAUUUUCCCCAAAGAUUAUGAGUUUGACCGGGAUGAGCUCGUGCUCCUGUGGAUGGGGGAGGGGUUUCUCGAGCAGCCGAACCCGAGGGUGCGCAAGGAGGAGCUCGGCCUCCAGUAUUUCAAUGAGCUGCUGUCGAGGUCUUUCUUCCAGCGCCUGGGGGGCAGCGAAUCGAGCUUUGUCAUGCACGACCUCAUAAACGACCUGGCCCAGUUCGUGGCGGGGGGGACCUGCUAUCGGCUGGACGAGAAGAUGGACACCAGUCAGGAGUACCGCGUGCCUGAGAAGGCCCGCCAUGGCUCCUUCCUCCGCCAUGAGUACGAGGUUCUCCAGAAAUUCCACACUUUCUAUCAGGUCCAGGGCUUGAGGACGUUUCUGCCUAUGCCCGUCCAGAACUCCCUCGUCUGGCCCCCAUUCUACCUGUCGAACCGUAUUCUGGUGGAGUUGGUGCCAAAGCUCAGCAGCCUGAGAGUGUUGUCCCUGAGCGGCUAUUCCAUCACCGAGCUUCCCAGCUCCAUCUGCAACUUGCUGCAUUUACGCUACCUCAACCUGUCCGGGACCUCCAUUGUCACGUUGCCCUAUACUUUGAGCGCUCUUCUCCAUCUGCAGACUUUGUCUUUACGUAACUGCCGCUUUAUAUGCAAGCUGCCUCCCACGUUGGGGAACCUCUCAAACUUGCGGCAUCUGGACAACUCAAACACCGAUCAGCUGAAGGAUAUGCCGGUCGAGAUCGGUAACCUGAGGAAUCUCCAGACUCUGCCGAAAAUUGUUCUCAGCAAAGAAGGAGGCUGUUUGGGGCUGAAACAACUGCGGGACCUGAGGCAUCUGUGUAGAUCCCUGGCCAUUUUCGAGCUUCAGAAUGUGAUGGAUAUUGAGGACGUGAAGGAGGCUAACUUUAGAUGCAAGAAUGAUCUCGAUGAGUUACAGCUUAUGUGGGGAAAUGAGAUCGACAACUCCAAUGACAAAAUUCCCGAGGAGGAUGUGAUCGACCAUCUUUUACCACACGAGAACCUAAAAAGCCUCAAGAUCGAGUUUUAUAGGGGAUCGAACUUCCCGAGCUGGAUCGGGGAUCCUGCCUUUCGUAAAUUGUCGAGCAUAAGCAUCGGCAACUGCUCGGAGUGCUCGUCCCUGCCGCCUCUUGGACAGCUUCCCGAUCUCAAACACCUACGAGUUGGGGGCAUGCCCAAAAUUAAACAGGUGGGAACCGAAUUCUACGGGACUGGCGCCAUCGUAACCCCAUUCCCAAAGCUCGAGAAUCUGAGAUUCGACAAUAUGCCCGAGUGGCAAAAAUGGACCGGCCCCACUGGCAGCUCGUGUGGAAACAUUGAGUUCCCUAAUUUGCAACACCUCUCGAUUUUCAGAUGUGGGAAGCUGGCUGAAGUCUCUCCGCUGACCUUCCCUGCUCUUCGCACUUUGGACGUCGAGGAAUGCGACAUGGUCUUGCUGGAAAGGUUCUCGGGCCUGGAGUCCCUCAACUACCUUAAGAUUGAGUCCAUAUUCGGCUUAUCUCAUCUGCCGGCCGAGGUCAUGCAGUCCCUGGUGGCACUCGAGGUCCUAGAGUGCUGCAGCUGCAGCGAGCUGCUUUCCUUGUGGCCCGAAGGUGUCCGGCUCAAUCAGCACCUGGCCCGCCUGAGGCGCCUCGUCAUCGCCAGCUGUUCGCAGCUGGUGUCGUUAGGACAGGGGGACCAUCACCUACCACCGAACCUCGAAGUCCUUGAAUUAUUCCGUUGCACGAACCUGGACUCUCUCCCGAACAACCUGAGUGAAUUGGAGUCCUUACGCGAGCUGAUUAUUAAAAAUUGCCAGAGGUUCGUGGCCUUCCCUGAAAGUGGCAUUCCCAGGAUGCUCAAGCGUCUCGAGAUACUGAGUUGCAACUCUUUGGAGUCCCUCCCGGCCAACAUAUCCGGCAUCGAGCGUCUCGAGAUCAAGGAGUGCUCGUCACUCAGGACGUGGGCUCACUUUCCGGAACACGGCCUGCCUUCAGGCCUUCGAGCCCUCUCGAUCGAGGACUGCCCGAGUCUCAAGUCGUUGCCAGCCAGAAUCCGAACCAUGAAUUCGCUCGUGUCGCUCGAGCUGAGGAGCUGUCCGAGGCUCGAUAAUUUUCCAAGGUGCGAUCUGCCCCCGAACCUGACCUCGCUCAGGAUAUGGGAUUCUAAGAAAUUCAAGCCUCUCUCUCAGUGGGGCCUACACAGGCUAGCUUCCCUCAGAGAGUUCUCCAUCUGUGGUGGAUUCAAGGAUGUCGAGCUACUCGGGGAGGACGACUGUCUCUUUCCUCCUUCCCUAAUAAAAUUCUCGAUUGCUAGGUUCCCCAAGCUCACUUCGCUUGGUAAGGUGCUUGAAAAUCUCACAUUGUUGAGGCACCUAUUGAUUAUGAACUGCCAGAAUCUUAACGUCUUGCCCAGGGAAGCGCUGCUCGAGAAGCUGUGGCACCUGGAGAUAAGCGAUUGUCCGCUUCUCAGGCAACGAUGUGCAAAGGACAAGGGAGACUAUUGGCCAAAGAUAGCAGGGAUUCCUUGUGUGGAGAUUGAUGGGACAUAUGUUUAUAAACAGGGUUCGGUUUGA